CACGAUAUAUAAAGGGUCGAUUUCGCCCAAGUAGCAGCACUGAACCCUCAGGCUAACCAUCAAGAUGAGUCUCACCGACAAGGACAAGGACACAGUCAAGACCUUCUGGAAGCUAGCUUCCGGAAAGGCCGACAUUAUCGGGAGCGAAGCUCUGACCAGGAUGAUCUUCGUGUACCCCCAGACCAAGACCUACUUCGCCCACUGGAAGGACUUGAGCCUCGGUUCGGCUCCGGUCAAGAAGCACGGCAAGGUGAUCAUGGGCGGCGUCAACGAAGCCAUCGGCAAAAUCGACAACCUGACCGCGGGUCUGCUGAGCCUCAGCGAGCUGCACGCCUUCACCUUGAGGGUGGACCCCGCCAACUUCAAGAUUCUGUCCCACUGCAUCCUCGUGGUGAUGGCCAUGCUGUUCCCGAAGGACUUCACCCCGGAGGUCCACGUGAGCAUGGACAAGUUCCUGGCCGCCCUGACCCUCGCCAUCAGCGAGAAGUACAGAUAAACGACAUCAAGCGUGCCCACACAAUUCGAUUCCUUUCUCUCACUCCGUGUUGGGCUCACCUUCAAUAAAUGAUCAAAUGCA